CAUAAUGUAAAAACAAAACCAAAGAUGUAUUAUAGUUAUGUUCAGUCCAAGCCUUCUUUAAGGCAAGGAGUUGGUGAUUUACUGAUCACAAAGGAUGUGGCCAAAGCAACGAUGUUCCUGCGCGUUUUUCAACAAGUGCAUCGUACGGACAAUGGGCUUUCUAUACCAUCCGUUUUGUCAAAAUACCAGUACGAUGCUGGAUACUCCUUUUACUGCAGUGGAGGUCUAUGUGGUAUUGAAAAAUGAAGUUUGUUUGAAAAAAUGUCAUGGUCAGUCAUGUCAGUCUACCAGGUGUAGGGUGGCGCAAGGCUCGAGGUGGACAGAAGUUGACUUGGUAGCGGGAAAUGAAGUCACUGACGACCAAACUGGAUGCCGUUGGUCCGUCUCGCCUUGUGCUUGGCUCGAGUGUUUACAGGACAUGGCUCGCAGUAGACACCAGUUGCGCGUCUGCUGCCGUCUCCUAAUUGGAUUGCCU